CCGAGGGGAUAGCUCGGCCUCGGGAGGGGGCUGCCCCGCCGCGUCCCCUGCCCCUGCCUUCCCCUGCACCAAGGCAAAGUCCCGUCUGCAAGGUCCAGGUACCAGCAACCGAUGCUGCUCGGGGCCGGGAGCCAACAGGGCUCACUAAUAAUGAUCCCGGACACUGACUGGAAGGCCGGCUUCUGGGUGAAGUAGUUCCUCGUCGUGGCCUGGCAGAGCCCAGCACCUUUCUCAGCUGAAGUGGCUCCAGAGCUCAUGGAACCUUCCGCCACUCCCGGGGUCCAGCCAGGAGUCCCCACUGGCAGCAGGGAACCCUUCCACCUCCCUCCAGACUACGAGGAUGAGUUCCUCCGCUACCUGUGGCGCGAUUAUCUCUACCCGAAGCAGUAUGAGUGGGUUCUCAUUGCGGCCUACGUGGCUGUUUUCCUCAUAGCCUUGGUGGGCAACACACUGGUCUGCCUGGCUGUAUGGCGGAACCACCACAUGAGGACAGUCACCAACUACUUCAUUGUCAACCUGUCGCUGGCAGAUGUGCUGGUGACUGCCAUCUGCCUGCCUGCCAGUCUGUUAGUGGACAUCACUGAGUCGUGGCUCUUCGGCCAUGCCUUGUGCAAGGUCAUUCCCUACCUACAGGCCGUGUCCGUGUCGGUGGCAGUGCUGACGCUCAGCUUCAUCGCCCUGGACCGCUGGUAUGCCAUCUGCCAUCCGUUGAUGUUCAAGAGUACAGCUCGCCGGGCCCGUGGCUCCAUUCUGGGCAUCUGGGCUGUGUCGCUGGCUGUCAUGGUGCCCCAGGCUGCUGUCAUGGAGUGCAGCAGUGUACUGCCCGAGCUAGCCAACCGCACCCGGCUCUUCUCUGUCUGUGAUGAACACUGGGCAGAUGAACUUUACCCCAAGAUCUACCACAGCUGCUUCUUCAUUGUCACCUACCUGGCCCCACUGGGCCUCAUGGCCAUGGCCUACUUCCAGAUCUUCCGCAAGCUCUGGGGCCGCCAGAUCCCUGGAACCACAUCAGCCUUGGUGCGGAACUGGAAGCGGCCCUCAGAGCAACUGGAAGCUCAGCACCAGGGACUGUGCACAGAGCCCCAACCCCGGGCCAGAGCCUUCCUGGCUGAGGUGAAGCAGAUGCGAGCUCGGAGGAAGACGGCUAAGAUGCUAAUGGUGGUUCUGCUGGUCUUUGCACUCUGCUAUCUGCCCAUCAGUGUCCUCAAUGUCCUGAAGAGAGUGUUCGGGAUGUUCCGCCAAGCCAGCGACCGGGAAGCUGUCUAUGCCUGCUUUACCUUCUCCCACUGGCUGGUGUAUGCCAACAGUGCCGCCAACCCCAUCAUCUAUAACUUCCUCAGUGGCAAAUUUCGGGAGCAGUUUAAGGCCGCCUUCUCCUGCUGCCUGCCUGGGCUGGGUCCCCGCUCCUCUGCCAGACACAAGUCCAUGUCCUUGCAGAGCCGAUGUUCUGUCUCCAAAGUCUCUGAGCAUGUCGUGCUGACCAGCGUCACCACAGUGCUGUCCUAAGUGGGGCCUGGCCCAGGGCCUCCGGGAGGCACAGCUUGAUCCUUUGCCCGGGAUCCGCCCCAGCGCUCACGAAAAGACGUCUGCUGCUUGGUGAGAGGCUAAGACUCCAGCCCUGGCUUUCUGCCUGGGUGACUCAGCCAGAGUCAUUCCCUCUCUGAGGUUGUGUCCCCUAAGCAGGGCUGAUAGGGGACUUAAGCACACUCAAGAAAGCAAAGAGCGUUGUAAGUCAUUUGCGCUGUGGACAUAGUUACUGUCGUACCUGCCUCGUGUGGCUGUACCCUACAGUGUCACCCCACCCUUUCAGAGCUUGGCUUUCCUCCCAAAGACCUACUCAAUUACAGGCCUUCCCUGGCUGGACUCUGGUCCAAAGGUCCCCACAGGCAUAGUCACCUGGCCUGGAGGCCACCGAGACCCGGGUCACACAUGGCCAGCUACUCUGAUGUCCCUGUGAACUAAUUGGGGGCCAGCCCUUCUCAGUGGGCUCUGAAAUACAGCCCGCCCUCUCCAGGUGUGGACUGCACGCACCACAGGCUGGAUCUCGUUGGCAUUGUGGAGUGUGGCUGUU